AAUAAACGAGAGAAACACCCUCGUUUGGUCUUGAUCCAGGGGGUGCGUAGUCCGGAAUUAAAUUCGUGAGGGUGAAUACGACGAUAACCGAUCAGGAUACCAGAUAAAUCUCGAAUAUUUUCGAUUGUACUUGUGGAUGGGACCAAAGAAUUUUAGUGUACCUACUUAAUUACACGUGGUAGAGUAGGCGGUUAUUAUACAGGGUGGGUUUAUUUCAAACGCGCUAAUUAAAAACAGUAAUAUAAAUUUUAUAGAACAUAAACAAAUUCAAUUUUAAAUACUCCUCUUUUGUAACAGAUAGAUACAUUUUUAAUUGUGUUAGUGGAUCAAAUAAAAACAUUAAUUAAAGAAACAUGGGUUGUAAUACCAGCAAAGAAACUUCGGUAAAACCAAAUGAAGAAGAAAACAAAGAAAACGCAGAAGAUAAGUCCAGUGAAGAGGGAAUCAAACAAAACGAGGAUGAAAAUCAUAUUACAGAAUUGGACUCUAAAGACACAAAUUCUAGUUCAGCAAGGACGAUAACAAUCCGAUCUAACGGUACUACAAAAAGCGAAGAAAACAAAGACGACGUAAAGAGCGAAGAACAGGCGGCGACGAAAAUACAAGCAGUUUUUCGGGGUCACCAAACGAGGAAAAGUAUGAAACAGCCCCAAGCACAGCAACAGGAUGACAAAGAACCCACCAGGGAGGAGCUGGAGAACGAGUUUCGAUUGGACGAUCCAGAACUCUGCAACGCCGCUACGAAAAUUCAGGCUUCGUUCAGAGGUCAUUUAACAAGGAAACAUAUGGAUGGUGACAAGAAAGGUGACGAAAGCAGUUCCAAACAAGAGGAAGAACUAGACAUAGACUUGACAGAUCCUGAUCUGAACAAGGCGGCUGCCAAAAUUCAGGCUUCAUUUAGGGGCCACCUGAACCGCAAGGACGGCGAGGGAACCAAUUCUUCAAAAUAAAAUGUAUGUUGGACAGAAAAUAAUUUGAAUAAAAAAAACAAAUGUUUCAUUGUAUUGUUUAAAUAUUAAUAAGAAUUAAGCUCUAUUAUUCCAUUAUCCCGUGUUCUAAACACGAAUAAUUUACCUUGUGAUCCUGUGCAGAUUGACACCAUACGAGAUGACUUAUAAUUAUAAUUUUAUAGGGACCCGAUACAUAAGCGCCAGUUAGUCUAUAAUAUCACAUUAAGCAUUUUUUUCAUAAAACAUCCCCCUUUAGAACUUCAUCUGUCAUGUUGAGAAAUGAAAGUAAAUUAAACGCGCCUCUUGGGUUUGUUCGCAUACUAAAAAUUUCAAUUAAUGCCUGUAUAUAUUUUUAAAUUUACAUUUUUUUAAUUUUAAAGUAAUAUAUUACAUUUAAAUGGAAUAUAUUACAUAACAGUUAGGUAUCUCAAUUACCGGUUUGUCUUCUCUCAUUUUUCAAAUAAAACGAAUUAUAAAAUUUAAUAUAUUUAAUAUAUGUACAUUUAGUUGUAAAUAUGAAAAAAGUAAAAUAUAAAAUGGACAAACGCUUACUUACAUUGCAAUAAAACUGCCACCCUUAGUUUUGCAAUCCAAACGCAAUAUUUCUUUUUCACAAAUAAAAAUAUCCGACAACACUAAAAUCACUGAAACUUCCGCGGCUGACAACGAAAACUGAAAAAUAUAUCAGCACUUUUUGUGUUAAAGCUGCAUAUCAAAAUUACGCUGUAUACCAUUAUGUUUUUGCUUUUGAAAUAAUAUAAAAUAUAAAAGAAUUGUCUAAUUACUAAUUAUAACUUGUGAAUUUUAAUGUUUUAUCAAUCU